AGUUGCACUUGAAACUGAAAGCAGGAUUUCUCCUUUGAUCAAUGAGAAGAAAAGGUUGUUCAAUGACUUGUUGACUGCCAAGGGCAACAUUAAGGUGUACUGUCGUGCAAGACCUGAGUUUGUACAUGAGGGUCCAUCUGCAGUUGAAUUUCCUGAUGAUGUCACCAUCCGUGUCAGUUCUGGUGUUUCUGCUGAUCCAACUUUAAAGAAGGAUUAUGAGUUUGAUAAGGUCUAUGGACCCCACGUUGGCCAGGGUGAGCUUUUCCUAGAUGUUCAACCCUUUGUACAGUCUGCAUUGGAUGGAAACAAUGUGUCUAUAUUUGCAUAUGGACAAACUGGCUCUGGGAAAACACACACAAUGGAAGGCUCUAGUCAUGAUCGUGGUUUAUAUGUGCGAUGUUUUGAGGAACUUUUUGAUUUAUCAAACUCAGAUACUACUUCCAUUUCAAAAUAUGAUUUCUACGUUACAGCAUUUGAGCUAUACAAUGAUCAGGUUCGAGAUUUACUUUUAUCUUUCAGCAAUGCCUCAACCGUUUGCUUGGGUCCUCCAGAUUCUUCUGUUGAACUUGUACGGGAGAAAGUUCAGAAUCCAAUAGACUUUUCUCGAGUCUUGAAAGUGGCACUUCAGAACCAUGGGCAGGAUGUGUCAAGAUCUAGUACUUCUCAUAUGAUCAUUACACUUCAUAUACAUUACAGCAACUGGGUCACUAGCGAAGUACUCUACAGCAAGCUUUUCCUUGUUGACUUGGCUGGAAGUGAUUGUUCACUUGAUGAAGGUGCUUCUGGUGACAGUGUGACAGAAAUGCUACAUGUAAUGAAAUCUCUAUCUGCGCUUGGGGAUGUUUUAUCUGCUUUAACUGCAAAAAAGGACGUUAUACCCUAUAAAAAUUCAAGGCUCACAGAGUUACUCACAGAUUCAUUGGGUGGUACCUCCAAGGUAUUAAUGAUUGUCAAUGUUUGUCCAAAUCUGUCGAAUGUAUCAGAAACAUUGUCCUCUCUCAACUUCUCAGCAAGAGCCCGAAAUGUUGAAUUAAGUCUUGGAAAUCGAGAUACCAUUAAGAAAUGGAGAGAUGUGGCAAAUGAUUCGAGGAAAGAGUUAUAUGAAAAGGAGAGAGAAAUAUCAGAUUUAAGGCAAGAAGUUAUGGGACUAAAGCAGUCACUUAAAGAGGCCAAUGAUCAGUGCCUUCUACUCUUUAAUGAAGUCCAGAAGGCUUGGAAGGUUUCCUUUACACUACAGGCUGAUCUCAAGUCAGAAAAUUUAAUGCUUUCAGAUAAACAAAAAAUUGAGAAAGAACAGAAUGCUCAGUUAAGAAAUCAAGUUGCUUAUCUUUUGCAAGUGGAGCAAGACCAAAAAAUACAGAUACAGGAGAAGGAUUCAAUGAUCCAGACUUUGCAGGCAAAGAUUAAGAGUUUGGAAUCACAGCUUGAUGAUACCCUCCAUAGGUCAACUAUGGGGGCAGAAAAUGGGACACAAGUGGGCCGACCAGCUCCCAUAGCAUCAGAGGAGAGCAUCGAUACUUCAACAGUUACCAAGAAACUAGAAGAGGAACUCAAAAAACGUGAUGAGCUCAUUGAGCGCUUGCAUCAAGAGAAUGAAAAGCUAUUUGAUAGACUGACUGAGAAAGCUUCACUUGGCGGAUCCCCCAAGGUCUCAAGUCCAUCUGCUAGAGGAUUGGCUAACCUCCACAUUGAAGACAUGAGCAGGAACACUAGUAGCAAAGGGCAUUCUUCAGAUGCCAUGUUGGUCAGCUCAGGCUCUGAUAAAACCAACAAUGUUAGUGCUCUUGUCAAAUCAGGUCCUGAGAAAGUUAAGACAACUCCGGCAGGAGAAUACCUGACUUCUGCUUUAAAUGAUUUUGAUCCUGACCAAUAUGACAGCCUUGCCACCAUUGCUGAUGGAGCAAACAAGCUCUUAAUGCUGGUUUUGGCUGCCGUCAUCAAAGCUGGUGCUGCACGGGAGCAUGAGAUACUGGCUGAAAUUAGAGAUGCUGUCUUCUCUUUUAUUCGGAAAAUGGAACCCAAGAGGGUUAUGGAUACUAUGCUUGUUUCUCGUGUCAGAAUUCUGUAUGUACGAUCUUUGCUUGCAAGAUCACCUGAGCUGCAAUCAAUCAAGGUAUUGCCAGUUGAGCGAUUCUUAGAGAAGGCUAGUUCUGGCAGGAGCAGAAGCUCCAGUAGGGGUAGCAGUCCUGGCAGAUCGCCUGUUCAUUAUGAUUCAAGGACUGCUCUGGUUGAGGAGCACGUACAAGGCUUUAAAGUAAAUAUUAAGCAUGAGAAAAAAUCCAAGUUUUCGUCCAUCGUUUUGAAGCUGAGAGGAAUUGAGGAGGAGACAUGGAGGCAACAUGUAACUGGUGGCAAACUUAGAGAGAUAACAGAGGAAGCCAAAGAUUUUGCCGUUGGAAACAAGGCUCUUGCUGCUCUCUUUGUUCACACUCCAGCUGGAGAGCUUCAGCGCCAAAUUCGAACUUGGCUUGCGGAGAACUUUGAGUUUCUUUCAGUUAGUGGGGGGGAUAGUGGGGUGACAGGGCAACUAGAACUUCUUUCCACCGCUAUCAUGGAUGGUUGGAUGGCUGGUCUUGGAGCUGCACAACGACCUAGUACAGAUGCUCUGGGUCAGCUCUUAUCUGAAUAUACAAAGCGGGUUUACAUGUCUCAGUUGCAACACCUGAAGGAUAUUGCAGGCACCUUGGCUACAGAGGAGGCAGAAGAUUCGGCACAAGUGAGUAAGCUGCGAUCUGCUCUGGAGUCCGUUGAUCACAAGAGAAGGAAGAUUUUGCAACAAAUGAGAAGUGAUGCAGCUUUACUUUUGAGAGAGCAAGGUGGUUCACCAAUACGAAAUCCAUCUACCGCUGCAGAAGAUGCUCGCUUGGCUUCUCUGAUAUCUCUUGAUGGCAUAUUGAAACAAGUCAAGGAAAUAAUGGGUCAGAUCUCUCAAACCCCAAUAAGCAAAACCAAGAAGAAAUUGCUGCUUGAGUCUUUAGAUGAGCUCUCUGAGCGGAUGCCUUCACUUCUAGACAUUGAUCAUCCUUGUGCCCAGAGGCAGAUAGCAGAUGCUCGCCAUGCUGUUGAGUCGAUUCUGGAGAUAGAUGACCGUGAACCAGCCGGAACCCUGCAAUCACUAUCGAUUUCAGAGAGCGAUGUGGUCCAAUGGAAUGUGUUGCAGUUCAACACAGGCUCAGCCACACCAUUCAUCAUCAAGUGUGGGGCAAACCCUAAUUCUGAAUUAGUUGUCAAAGCUGAUGCCAAAAUCCAGGAUCCCAAAGGAAAUGAGAUAAUUAGGGUUGCCCCUAGGCCAUCGGUGCUCAAUGAUAUGAGCCUUGACGAGAUCAAGCAAUUGUUUAGCCAACUUCCUGAGGCUCUAAGCUCAUUGGCUUUGGCUAGAACAGCUGAUGGGACAAGAGCUAGGUAUUCUCGCUUGUAUAGGACACUGGCCAUGAAAGUCCCUUCACUAAGGAACCUGGUUAGUGACCUCGAGAAAGGAGGAGCUUUGAAAGAUAUGAAAUUGUAAAUUCAGAAGUCUUUCACAAUGGUGAGCACGGCCAUCUUAAUUUGUAAGUGCAGUAUUCAAUGUAUACACAACUUAAAAUUGUUUUCACAUUGGUUUGGAAGGGUAUUGCAAGGAUUUUGUCACAUUUUCUUUUGCAAUGAAUACACCUGAUUUCUGUGCUACAACUA